GUCGAACAAUAGUCAUACGCUGCCAUUCUCUCUGUUUCUCUUUCGUUGUUCUCCUCUGAAGUUUGAUCGAUUCCACUCUUUGAUUUUCUCGUAUUUUCAGAGAGAAAAAUCAAAAUCCGAGAGAAUCAGGCCGCAAACACCACGUAAUCAUAGAUACAAAAGGAAGGAAAAUUCUAGAGAGAGAAGGAACGAGAGCCAUAGAUUUUGUGGAAGAGCGAUCCGAGCGGUGAAGAUUACAAAUGGGCACACUUCAGUCAUGGAGGAAAGCCUAUGGUGCUAUCAAGGACUCCACCAAAGUCGGCCUCGCUCAUGUCAACAGCGAUUACGCGGAUUUGGAUGUGGCCAUAGUGAAAGCUACGAACCAUGUUGAGUGUCCACCCAAAGAUAGGCACCUUAGAAAAAUCUUGAUUGCUACAUCAGCAGUUCGUCCUCGAGCAGAUGUUGCUUACUGCAUUCAUGCACUUGCCCGGCGCCUUGCAAAGACUCGGAAUUGGACGGUUGCCCUGAAAACACUUAUAGUUAUCCAUAGAGCAUUGAGGGAGGGUGAUCCUACAUUCAGAGAAGAACUUUUAAAUUUCUCACAAAGAGCACGUAUUCUCCGACUUUCAAAUUUCAAGGAUGAUUCAAGCCCAAUUGCUUGGGAUUGCUCAGCCUGGGUGCGUACAUAUGCACAGUUUUUGGAGGAAAGACUUGAAUGUAUUAGGGCUCUCAAGUAUGACAUUGAAGCAGAGCAUCUCCCAAGACCUGGCCAAGGGCAGGAUAAGGGUUACAGCAGAACUAGGGAAUUGGGCAGUGAAGAUCUGUUGGAGCAAUUACCUGCUUUGCAACAACUGCUGUUUCGUCUCGUUGGUUGCCGGCCAGAAGGUGCUGCGACUAGUAAUUAUGUUAUACAGUAUGCCCUGGCUAUGGUGUUGAAGGAGAGCUUUAAAAUAUAUUGUGCCAUUAAUGAUGGAAUCAUCAAUCUUGUUGAUAAGUUUUUUGAGAUGCCAAGACAUGAAGCUGUUAACGCCCUUGAUGUAUACAAGCGAGCUGGUCAGCAGGCUAGUAGCCUUUCUGAUUUCUAUGAAGUUUGUAAGGCAUUAGAGCUUGCUAGAAACUUCCAGUUUCCUGUUCUUAGAGAGCCACCACAAUUUUUCCUCACAACCAUGGAGGAGUAUAUUAAAGAGGCACCACGUGUGGUUUCUGUUCCAACUGAGCCACUGCUCCAAUUGACAUAUCGUCCAGAAGAAGGUGCUUCUGAAGAUGCCAAAGCAUCCAAUGAAGAACCAGAGCCACCAGCCCCUGUUAAUGAUGAUGUUGUUGCUGUUGAGAAUGCUGCUUCUCCACCUCCACCUCCACCUGCUCCUCAGAACAACAUGGACACUGGAGACUUUCUGGGCUUGAGUCAGUCCUCACCUGAUGCCAUUGCCAUUGAGGAAAGUAAUGCAUUAGCAUUAGCCAUUGUUCCAACUGAGCCUAGUGCUGCUUCAGCAUUUGGUUCUAGUGCUACCCAAGCAAAAGACUUUGAUCCUACUGGAUGGGAACUAGCCCUUGUCACUACACCAAGUACCAACAUUUCUUCAGUCACUGAGAGGCAAUUGGCGGGUGGAUUGGACACCCUCACUCUCAACAGUUUGUAUGAUGACGCUGCAUAUAGAGCAGCCCAGCAGCCUGUCUACGGAGCCCCAGCUCCAAACCCAUUUGAGGUGCAUGAUCCGUUUGCAAUGUCAAACAACAUUGCUCCUCCUACAGCAGUUCAAAUGGUAUCAAUGGCACAACAGCAAACAAAUCCAUUUGGCCCUUACCAGCCUACCUAUCAGCCACCAUUGCAGCAGCAGCAACAUUUGAUGAUGAGCCCAACAAAUCCGUUUGGGGAUGCAGCUUUUGGGCAAUUUCCAGUGAAUCCCAUUGCGCAGCCUCACCCCAGCAAUCCAUUUGGAACCACAAGUCUUUUGUAAUGUCAUGCAUCAACUUUUGAUAUAUAUAGGUUGAUUUCUUUCCAAAGUGAGAAAAUGAGUUCAGUUGAAUGGCGUUUGGCUUGAACUGUAUGUUUUGUAUGGCGUUGUAGAAGUCUUAGAGUAGUGAAAGAUGUGAUAAGAAGAUACGAUUCAGAAUGUUAUAAUAAUUAAAUUUAGAAAUUUCAAUCAAAAGACAAAGCUUUC